CACAUUAGGUGCUUCGAGCAUGCACCGAGUGCUAGGCACGGCAUGCGCACACCUGCGGCCUCGUCGAGCGUCCGCUCGCUUCUCAUUAGUAGUAGCCUACGCGUACCGAUCGCUCCCCGCACCGGCGCCUCCCGCUCCAACCCCCGGCUCCCGCCCGUGCGGCCUAGCGUUAAGCACGGGCAUGUCGGCGCCCGAGCACGCCUGCUCUCCUCCAAGCGCUCUAGUGCCUCGUGCACCGGCGGGCCUCCCUACAUGCCGAGCAUCUACCGGCUUCUCGGCGUGCCGGUGCCCGGCACGCUAGGCCGGCCAUUAACAAGUCGGCCCGGCCACGGGCACGCCAACCCCCGACAUGCCGGCACCUCCCGCCAACUUACGAUUACGAGCUAG